AUGGAUUCAUCUCUAUUCAUCUUCCGUCAAUUAAGCCUGAUCAUUUGGGUUCUUAUUUAUGUGGACGACAUCCUUAUUAGUGGCAGUGACUCCAGUGCUAUUACCCGAUUUAUUGCUCAGCUCAAUUCCUUGUUUUCUCUAAAAGAUUUAGGACCUUUAUCAUUUUCCCUAGGUAUCAAAGUCUAUGGAAACUCUACUGGUUUAUAUUUGUCCCAAGCUAAAUAUAUACGUGAGCUUCUUGCCAAAACCAGCAUGCUUGAGUGCAAGACAAGUCCUACACCUGCAUCUACUUCGGUUCAACUUGGUAAGGACAUUGGUGCUUCUUUUUCAGAUAAGCUGCUCUACCGAAGUACCAUUGGCACUUUACAAUAUCUGCUACUUACCCGGCCUGACUUGGCAUUUAUCAUCAACAAACUGAGCCAAUUCAUGCAAGCUCCAACUGAAGUUCAUUGGGCUGCUUGUAAAUGUGUUUUGCAUUAUUUAAAGGGGACCAUUCAGCUGGGUCUUCAUAUUCGGUCUUCUCUGCGGUCUUCUCUUUAUGGUUAUACUGAUGCCAAUUGGGCAUCUAAUGUCGAUGAUCGGCGAUCGACAGGAGGUUGUUGUGUUUAUCUUAAUGAUAAUCUGGUUUCUUGGUCCUCACGCAAACAACAUGUUGUGGCACGUUCCAGUAUGGAAUCCGAGUAUCGUGCCUUGGCUCAUGGGAUUGACGAGCUUGCAUGGAUUCAAUCUCUCCUCAAUGAACUCUGCGUACCUGUGUCUCACCCUCCUAUUCUUUUGUGUGACAAUAUGAGUGCUCGCUCUUUGGCUUCCAAUCCCGUUUUUCAUGUCCGCACGAAACACAUUGAAAUCGAUGUGCAUUUUGUCCGAGAUAAAGUGUUUCAGCAGCUAUUACAGGUUAAUUAUUUUCAUAGUACUGGUCAGGUAGCAAACAUUUUCACCAAAGUGCUCUCCAUUGAAGGUAUUUGUUUCUCCGAGAUAAACUGA